CCCUGACGCUUCUGCAUACCCAGCGAUCCUCACGACGCUGGUCUCGUCGGAUGCGGACAAGGUCACGAACGCUAUCCUGUCCUUCCUGUACCCGGAGUCGUUCCUCGCCAGCAAGAACGGGGACAACGGCACCAUGCGCGACGUGUUUUUCAAGUACCACAAGAACGUAGCGGCCACGCUGGGUGCUCCGUCAUCGUCCGGAGCGCUCGGCCAGACCGCGGCCCUGGUGCUUCACAGCGUGUCGGACAAGAAGCUGCGCAAGAUCCGUGACCAGAAGUUCCCGAUCCUCAUUGUCGGCGCCCAAAUGGAUCAGUGCAUCAACGUUUCGCACUCGCUUCACUUCGACAAGGCCCUCGCCAGCGACCACACCAAGUUCGUGCUGUACGACGACGCUGGCCACGGGUGCUUUCUGCAGCACAUUGACGAGAUCGCUGGUAACCUCAUGGAAGUCGUGCAGAGUGCAAACCAAUCCGCUGCAACGAGUUAAUUCAGCUCCAGGUACUGACGCGUGGUGCGUGGAUGUACGUACGUGCCCCCUCCACCCAGAGCCUACCGAGUCUUCGUCGAUGCCGCUAGUUAUUAAGUAAAUAACCAAAUCCACUUUUGUGCUGCUGUUGCUUGGUCUUGACAUUCGGCGACACUGUCUUAGCUUAGGACUUGGACAGAUGAGAAAACAAAUGAUUGGCGCAAUUGUCCACACAAGCGCCCGACCUCGGAGAGAUGCGAGUCAACAAGUUCCGAGCAAAAACGUCAACUGUAUUUCGUUCAGUGCCGCAGUCGAACCCGACAGUGCCGAGGCUCGUCAACACUUGCGACGCAUGCCGGUGUUGACGGUGCGUACAGUAGAGUACUCGCACCCAGUGAAUGGUUGGUGGCGAGUACGUCGUCGCCAGUGCCUGACUCAGUUGAGCACGGGCGCCUGACCGCGAGGUCGUCUUGUGCCUGAUGUGGUUGAAUCGUCUAAAAACGGGUGCGAGACCGCUAAAAACGGGCCGUCACGGGACAGCGUGGUGGGUGAGCUCUGCAGUGCAUCGACGCCAGCUUUCCGGUAGAUGAACUCAACGGCGUUUGACCAGCGGUCUCGCCCUCCAUUUUUCCGGUGAUGCAAGAAGGUCGCAACGCGCGAAAUAAUAUCCUUCCGUCACUAUGCGCCCCCGCUUCAGUGGCUACGUGACGAGGCCGUAAGAAAAACUGCCAUUGGUGCGUUCCGGUCCUGUGGGUACCGUCAAUGCACGCACGUGGUUUUCCGUCACUAAAGCGAGGUUUUCGUAGUAACUGGGACAUCCUUUCCCGGAUGGAGCUCUUGGUCUCCUUGCAAAUCCCAGCAGAUGGAGGACUCAGGUAUCCGGCCGAAAGUGCCCCACCCGAACAGGAGCGAGGUCAUUCACUGCCAUUGUGCAUUUCACCUCCGACCCAACGGAACGAAAAGCGUCACAAGCAACAUGCUGGCUCGGUAGGCUGCCCCCGCCUCUCGCUCUACCCCGUUCUACGCUAAUCUUUUCUUUUCCAUUGCAAUGCAGCCGUGUAGCCCAGGCGGCGCUGCGCCAACGCCGCGCCUCCGCGCUCAGCCUCUCCGCUCUACGGCAGCAGCAGCAGCAACGGUCGUACGUGGUGGACCCGCGCCGCGGCGGCGACUUCUCGCUCACGCGCAACAAGUACCUGUCCGUGCUCAAGGAGGAGUUCCCGCUGGAGCUGGGCGGCUCGCUGCCCGAGGUGACCAUCGAGUGGGAGCAGUGGGGCGACUGCUCGCUGCCCGGAGACCGCACCAUCCUCGUGCUCCCGUCGUUCUCGCACUCGAGCCACGCCGCGUCCAACCGCGACGACCCGCGCCCCGGCUGGUGGGAGAACAUGAUCGGCCCCGGCAAGGCCAUCAACACGUCCUACUUCCGCGUCAUCUGCCCGUCCGUGCUGGGCAGCCCCUUCGGCGCCACGUCGCCGCUGUCGGUGGACCCGCGCACGGGCGACAAGUACAAGGCCUCGUUCCCGCAGCUCACGCCCGCCGACAUGGCGCGCUGCCACGCCAAGAUCCUGGACGACCUGGGCAUCGACAGCGUCCACACCGUCGUGGGCGCCAGCAUGGGCGGCAUCCAGGCGCUCGAGUUCGCGGCCCAGUUCCCGGACCGCCUCGACCGCCUCGUGGGGCUCGCCUGCACCCACCAGACUACGCCCGGCACCGUCGCCUUUCGACGCGUGCAGCGGCGCGCCAUCCUCGCCGACCCCAUGUACAAGGACGGCAACUACACGCCCGGCGUGCCCCUCGAGGGCAUGAAGGUGGCGCGCGAGCUGGGCAUGACGUGCUACCGCUCGCGCGAGGAGUUCGACGCCCGCUUCGACUGGAACCCGACGGGCCCGCAGCACUUCAAGACGGCCACGUUCGAGGUCGAGAGCUACAUGGACUACCAGGCCAACAAGUUCGCACGCCUGUACGACCCCAACUGCUACCUGCUGCUCUCCAAGGCCAUGGACCUGACCAACUUGGGCCGCAACUCGCUCAACCUGGCGGAGGGCACGAGCCGCAUCUCGUGCGACUCGCUGAUCAUCGGCAUCAAGCAGGACCUGCUGAUCCCGAUCCAGGAGCAGCGCAACCUCGUAAACAUCCUGCAAUCGUACGGCCACAACGCGCAGCUCGUCGAGGUGGACUCCAAGUUCGGCCACGAUGCCAUGUUCAACGGCCAGAUGCAGCGCGACGUGUUCUCGCCGCUAGUGCGCGAGUACAUCGAGGAGCAGCUCGCCAACAUCCUGCCGCACGAGCAGCACCGCUACAGCAGCCUCUAAGUGCUAUCGACACAUGCUGAUACUGUCCGAACCAGCACCUCUUGUUCCCAGUCAGUAUGCCUAUAAGGGAGCUGCAUCCGAUGUCGCAUGUGAAAGUAAGUGUCACCAGCCAGCUCGGUUAACCACAAAUUCAACUUAUCUAUGGUAUCUCACGUGCUGCCGGUGUUCUAAGGGCUCAGGUUUGAAAGCUGAAGUCGCUACGGUACGGUUAGGAAAGCUACUGGGGGUGUACAUUUAUGUUUGCCGACGCUCAAUCCUCCGAAAGCCUCAAUGCAUCAUCAACUUCGUCUAACAACUUCGCUCAAGCCCGAACACCCCGUUGAGGUGGCAGGGCUACUCAAAAUUUCCCCGCCGACAGUCCUUCAAGGCAAAAGGUAAUCGAGACCGAACAUGACAGUAAAACAACCGUGACAUUUGAUCGGUUUCAGGCGCUGUGGCUCGUUCCCUUGCUGCUUGCACCAGAAACACGACUGUCUGGUAUCUGGAUCAGCGUUGCGUAAAUAAAAAUUGCAAUAAAACUAUUGAUAAAAUUGGGGUCAACAAUUACAAUUAGAAAAUUGGCUGCAAUGAUUUUAUUGUAUUGUACAAGACAGUUGACUUGAUAACUGUACGUGCGUGGGUAGCCAAUCAAAUGGUCUAUACAGACCCCUAUACAAACCACAAGAAUACAAUUCAAUGCCUACAUUGUACAAUUAAAAUUGUAGCGUGACGGCAAAUCUCAAUCAAAUUUUCAAUGUAAAUUGACGAAGGAAAGGAAGGGAGAGACACGUUGCCGCAGAAAUAUUAAUCAAAAUACGCAAUGAGCGAACAGCACUGAAAAUUAACGGCCCCAGCAGUAAAAAAGCAGCAGCCGGUGGCAAUUUACGUGCUGUAGAAUGGUUCAAUGCGUAGUUCACGUCGAGCCUUUCCUAUUACUAUCAAACAAGUGCGGAGGAAAUUCUAAACCUGGUUUGUGGUCAACGGACCGUGGGCAGCGAUCCUUAAAAGCUUUCUACGCGUGGGUUUUGUGCAAACCCUCUCACACACACACCCCUUGAGUUUCAACACGUUGGAUAGCGGUAGGUUUUUGUAUGUAUUGUUUGCAAUUGUCGAAGGAGAAACCUAUCCACUUGCUUCUAGAAAGUUAGAUACAGUAUUAAUAACAAAAUAUGAUAUGUGGACCCGAAAAAUCUGUUAAAUGGCAUAACAUGCUUAGUAUUGUUUGAAAGCAGGUUUCUUGAUGUUGAUCGCAAUGAAAUAUAUCAAUUGACUUACUUGAAACCACUGUAUUAAUAGAUCGUGAUUGUUCGUGGCUCGGCUGUUGUCUGAUACUGUACCAGCAGGUGAGUCAAUAAGAGCGCUCUGAUUGGUGCUGCGGCGUGCAACCCCUACUCACUCUCCGAGAGUGACUCUCGUGCGGCGACUUCGCUGCCCGCUACAGAGAACUCCGGCUAUAGUGGCGCCGGGUAUAAGAGUAAAUCGACUAUUAGAGCGCUUCCGCGGAUAUCCCAAAUUCUGACCAUAGUAAAAGCAAGUCAAACCGGCUAUUAGACUGUAAGAGUGUAAGAGAGCUCCCCCACCAAACCAAAACCACACAUUGUAAGAGGAGUGGGGGACACGUGGCCCACGUGUCUCCCACUCCUCUUACAAUGUGUGGUUUUGGUUUUAAAAGUGAGCCACGUCACGUGGCUCACUUUUAAACACGAUCAAGAGCACAAUAACGGUCUCGUCAUGUCAGCACCUCACUAUCUACGAAAAAACGAGCUCCGCCAGUAUCAUCAGGCGCACCCCAGUCUCAAGCACGUCGAUCUCCAGCAGUGGGUUGCCGUACGCCUCAACAAAAGGAUUGGCCUGUAGUGGGGAAAAAUUAUCAGCCAGCCACUUGACUGCACUCCCAAUG